AAAAGGCCUGUCUGUUUGUGCCUUUUUUUUCGCACGACAGAACAGCUGCGUUUGCUGAGUCUUUUGUCUCUACUCUCGACUUUAAGCAAAAGGGCGUCGCCAUGCGCGGCAGGAAACAGUCUGAAAAGGGAACUCUGAGGUUUUUUUUCUGCUGAUAACGUGUGUACAGAAGAUGUGGAGGCACUGCCGACACAGAGCGAUGAGGUGAACAGGCAGUGGUAGAGUCCACUGAAAAAUCGACAAAGGACAGAAACGUGCUUCGCUCGUAUGCGUCGAGGCUCGUGUGUAUGCGCUCGUCCUUCCUUUCCUUUUUUGGGCUCGCACGCAAAUUCCACGUCGUAUGAGCUACUUAGUCCCGAGAACGACGUGUACGAAGCUCUAUGUGUCUUGCUGCUUCAGGCAAAACGCUCUGCUUGUUUUCUGUUGCGCGCGUGGCUCCAUCCGUGGACAAGGACGGCCUGGCUAGUCAGUUUUAAUCAUGAUGGCUUUUGCCGGUCUUUUGGCAGGUGCAGAUCCCACUGGGAUGCCUGUGCAGCAGAGUCAGUACAAGGUACUUUUUCAGACGCCCGGGCAACUGUAAAAGAUCUCAAGGUUGUACCGUCGCCACCUGAAAAGGAGACGGACCACGAGAAACUGUGGAGUUCUCUUUGA